UCAGUUUAUAUCUGUAACAGGGUUGCAUAACAGGUAUCAAACUACACUCCCUAUUGGCUAUAAAAGUUCCCUUUUCCUCCGUAAUGUUAUCAGUCUUUCAAGAGACUCCAACACGACGACGGAAGCACAAUGGAAACCAAGAUUUUUCUACUGGCUGCGACUCUUUCCCUCGCCAAAGCCGGACUCGUGCAGCAAGGUCACUUUGCUUACUCCAACGUCCAGCACCACCCUGCACCCGCCCCCACGCAUGUAGUUGCAGCUGUUCCGGCCGUCGCCCCCGUCGUACAUACCCGUGUGGAGCCCUACGACCACAACCCUCAGUACAACUACGCUUACGCCGUUAAUGAUCAGCACACCGGUGAUUCCAAGAGCCAACACGAAACUCGUAAUGGAGAUGUCGUCCACGGACAAUACAGUCUGACCGAUCCGGAUGGCUCUCGUCGCACCGUUGAUUACAGUGCUGGGCCCCACACCGGCUUUAAUGCUGUGGUUCAUAGGACUGCGGGGGCCCACCCCGUGCCCGUAGCAACAGUCGCUGCUCCUCUCAUCACCGGACACUAAAAGCGAAUCUCGGCCGUAACGAGGCUUUACGACCCACCGACCGUUAUUUUAUACUCUGCUUUGGAUGACGAUAAUGUGUUCAGUUUAACAGUUUGUAUAGUCUUGUAAAGUAUUGCUAAUGAUAUACACAGUGAACUCGUAAAA